AUGCCUGAAGACGAAGAAGUUGUACCGCCGUCGAAGGUAUGGGUUCUCAUUGCCGAUGACAAUGCGAGGGGCGCCGAGGAAUGGGCGAUUGCAAUCUCGGACUUGAACGGGAUACCUUGGGUGUGGUGGAAGCCCGUGACGUGGGAGGGCAAGGUUACGUUGCAACAAACUGAAUUAAGGGGCGUCCCAGCAACGGUAGUGCGUCAAGAGCCAAUUUGUCUUGCGGAAGAACUGCCCAUUACUCAACAAGAUAUGUUCAAAUGGAGUUCAGCAUGGGUGAAAGAGCAGCGGACUGGUCAGGACUUCGUUCGGGUGAUGUGGGACGAAACCUGUCGGCAUUACAAUGUUGAGGAGGAAGUGCGCCUUGAGGGACUAAGAAAGAUGGACGCUGCCUCUCUGACAUACCAAAGUAGGAUACAGAGAUAA